CGCUACCUUUCCUCGUGCCCUCUUGGGACUGACGUAUCCGCUCUCCAUCACUCAUUAUCACACCAGUGUGUGUGUGUGUGUGUGUGUGUGUGUGUGAUGUGCAUGAGCAUCUCUACAGGAGGACACACACACACUCCGGUGCAGAGAAACAGGACAGGUAAAUUGAUCCAAUGCAGCCCAUUCAGAGCUGCCUAAUGCCCAAGGAACAUACUGGAGUUCUAGGACUCCACAAACCACGAGUCCCAGCCCUGCUUGGAAACCCUUGCAAAGUGCCCGCAUCCUCAAACUGCCGUAUAGUCAUGACUGGAAACCCACCAGUUUCGGGACAGAGCCCGGCACUGCAGACGAACCCAGCCAUUCAGGAGAGAACCAGACCAGACUCCAACUGCAUAAGUCGGCCCAGGCCUACAGCACUGGGCAUCAAGGCAUCAAUCAAAGUCUCCAGACCCACUGAGUCUCCAUUGCAGAUUAAAGCUACAGGAACACCCAAGUUCCUGUCACACUCACCAACCGAAUCACCAUUGCCUUGUUGCAACCCCCAAAACCCACUGAGCCCCACUUCUCAUCUUGGUUUCAACCCCCCAGCCAUUCCCCCGACUCUUCCAAGCCCUCCAUCACAGCCCAUCCGUACUAACACACACAAUAACCUAAUCGCCAGACCUAUCCCAAACCUCAGCCCCCCGUCUAACCCCCUUCCUCAACUGAUUCCAAGUCCAGAAACUACUACUGACAAGAAGUUGAACAAGACCAUUAGUGAAGAGGGUGAUUUCAGAGUUCAUAUUGUCACAUGGAAUGUAGGCUCUGGUAUACCACCUGAUGACAUCACUUCCUUGUUUGGACCCGGUGUUGAAAAUAGGAGCACUGACAUGGUCGUUGUUGGACUGCAGGAAGUAAACUCUAUGAUAAACAAGCGGCUCAAAGAUGCUCUCUUCACAGACCAGUGGAGUGAGCUCUGCAUGGACACACUCAGUCGUUUUGGAUAUGUGUUGGUGGCAUCUCAGAGGAUGCAGGGGGUUUUCUUACUGGUGUUUUCCAAAUUCUGCCACCUUCCCUUCCUCAGAGGAGUACAAACCCAAAGCACACGCACUGGGUUGGGAGGCUACUGGGUGAGUCAAAUGAGAAAAGACAUCUGGAAAAGAGAUUGUUGUCUCAACAUGGCGAAAAAAAGUGAAGCUGUUCUGGAGGGGUUUAUGGAGGGACCCCUAAUUUUCCCGCCAACCUACAAGUUUGAUGUGGGGACACAUACUUAUGACACGAGUGCAAAAAAGAGGAAGCCUGCAUGGACGGAUCGCAUCUUGUGGCGUCUGCGCAGGACGGGCUCCCCCGUGCCAUCCCAUAAUUCUGCACUACAGUGGGGUUUGACCUCAUGGCUGGGCGGCGCCACCAGAGUUUCCCAGCACUACUACCGCAGUCAUAUGGGCUUCACUAUUAGUGAUCACAAGCCGGUGUCCGCUCUCUUCUCUUUGCAUUUUCCCUUUAAGGUGAACUUACCAUUAGUGACACUGGAAGUGGAGAAGGAAUGGACCAAGUUCUCUGAUGCUACAGCCAAACUCACAGUUGCACACGGCUUUCAGAGGAGUUCAUGGGACUGGGUGGGACUGUACAAGGUGGGAUUUAAGCACCACAAGGAUUACGCUGCAUACGUGUGGGCCAAAUCUGAGCAUUCGACACAGGUGAUGUUUCCUGAGGAGGAUCUGCCUAGAGACCCAGGAGAAUAUAUUCUGGGAUAUUACAGUAACAACACCAACAGCAUCGUGGGAGUGACAGAACCAUUUCAGGUGCAGCUGCCCAUGUCCACGCCGCCGGCACCAGCGUGUCGUAUGCACUCUGAGAGUUCUGACGUCAGCUCUGAAGACGACAGUACACUGGUCCUGUUGGCCCCCAUCUCUCGUAGCCCCAGCCCUGGAAACCACAGCAGCAAACGGCAUCACCAGAAGCGCCAGCGCAGCCACAGCCCCGCCGUACCGGCACUCUCCGGGAUGCCUCUUCCCUCCCUGCAGUCUCUGAGUCUGUGCCCACGUCCCCGUGAUGGCCCCACGCAGAGCUCCUCCCCGCGCCCUUCGGCCAAUAGCAAGAAAGAGCGUCUGGUUUCUCCAGACACGUUAACCUCUCCCUCUCUCAGUCCUCUCAGUCCACGGAGCCCCGUGUCCCCUGUCAGUGCUCCGGAGGCUCUGAUAGCGGCCAUUUUAGGAGAGCCCAGGCCUCCUCAGAUAGGAAAAGCAGGUGAUGUGAUUCUCUGACCCAUCCCCCCUUCCCUAUCGAUUCAGUUCUAGACUUUAGCAGAUAUCGUAAUGCUACUACUUGAGAGAAACAGCCUGUUUCAGGUCGUCCUCUGGCGCCUUUCAGACCUGCAGCUGUUAGUGCUCUCAUGCCUUGUUGUGCUUAAUCGCUUCACAAACUCUUCCUCAGUUCUCAGUGGCUUUGCCAAUAGAGAUUCAACUGGUCUAUCCAUUUUGCGUUAUUUAUUGAAGAUAGAUUGUAAAUGGAGACAGUACAACAGUGGACAUCAGCCGUAUAGUGCAGGACAACCUGACCCAAGGUAAAACUGUCCUUUUACCGUAGAAUUAAAGCAAACAGUGAUGUCAGCAUUCAUCUCAGCCUUUACUUGUUGUUCUGGUAGUAAUUGAGUACACGUAUGUCAGGUUUGGCACAUACUAUAAGACCACCAUACCACAUUUUAGAAUAAGUUAUUUAUUAACACCCAUCAUGCUUUGCUGAAGUUUUGUCAAGAUAACAGCCUUCUGAAACAGAGCAAACCUUUGA